AUGGUGAAACCAAGCAAGAAACGCAAGCGUCAGCAAAGUGGCAACGAGCAAAAGGCGGCAAAGAAGCCGAAACCACAGUCAACGUCGAAGGAACAGGUACGUGAGGAGAGUAUCGUUGGGACGGAUUCUACGAUCCGCGACGACCCGGUACUGGAUCAUCGGAAUGGCAAGGUGCAGCAGUGGAUGCAGCAGCAGGAGCCGUUCGAAACCGUUGGCUACGAUGAUGUGGAAGAUGAAAUUUCGGAGGAUGAAAACGAGCAAUCGACUGUGUUGCCCGAAGACACAGAGAUACCGAUGAGGAUAUCGCUGAAAAACCGAAAUGAACUGGAGAGACGCACCAGUGUCAAGUAUGAGUGCGAAUGGAGCAAGUGCCAGUUCCUGACCGGGCACGAUCGUAAAUAUUUCCAGCACAUCGAACGGCACGCGGCAAAGGCGAGUGUUAACGGUGACGGUUGCUUCGCUUGCCUGUGGGAUUUGUGCGAUUUUGUGGCAGACAACUUAGACGAGCUAGUGAGCCACGUUCAUUACCAUGGUUACCACACCAAGCUAAAGGUGCACGGGGCGAGUCUGAACAUCUUGUUGAAGAUUCACAAGUGCAACUACGAUAGCCGUAUGCGAAACACCAUCACCAGUCGGCGGAUCACCUUCGAGUGCGAAUGGGAGGGUUGUGGCGAGCACAUAAACAAGGUGAUGGAAUUUUUUUAUCACAUCCAAUCACACAUUCUCGACAUGUUUCCAACGGGUCAAAAGCAUACCGACGAGCCAGUGCGCUGUGGCUGGUCGUUCUGUGACAAAACAUUCAGCGGACUACAGCGCUUUACGAAGCACAUGUUGAAGCAUACGGGUCAGAAAGACAUCGCCUGCUACAACUGUGGGGACAUGUUUUGUGAGCGCGUCAAGUAUAUCGAUCACUGCAAUCGACAGAUCGAACUGGGUCGUCGAAAGUAUCAAUGCACAGAGUGUGACCGAUAUUACUCCACCGAACGGCUGCUAAAGAAUCACAUGAAUUCCCACAAGAAGCAAGCUAGUUGUCCGAGUUGCCCGCUGGCGUUCGCGACACAAACGGCCCUAUCGCGGCAUAUACUCGCGCGCCACCUAAAGGAACGGCCGUUCAUGUGCAACGAGUGCAGCUACCGGUCGGUGACGAAGUAUGAACUGGAGAAACAUAUUGUCACGCACAGCACGAACGCACAGAAGAAUCUUUACCGGUGUUCCGAAUUCGGUUGUAACGCAGUGUACAAAUGUGAGGCUUCCAUCAAACGGCACAUUAGCAGUCACUACCGUCAACCGACGCACUACGAGUGCCACAUAUGCUCCAAAAGCUACACCAUGGGAUACACGCUGUCGAAACACUUGCACCAGCUGCAUCACAUGGAGCGACAGCCCGGGCAUAACCGCUUCCGGUACAAACUCGACACGGACGGUAUCUAUCGGCUGGCAACGUAUGUUGAGCGAAACAAGAACUCAACAGCCUCAGCCAGGGGGAGAUCUGUCGUGGAUGCAACGGAUUCGGACAAGGUGCCGGAAAAAUCAGAAUCUGAAGCGGAAAAGGCUGAGCCCAAACGGCAGAUGAAGACGCGGUCGUCAUCGGUCAAAUUGGAUCCCGCGGUUAGCGCUAUCGAACCGAUCGGUCACAAUGUGUUCGCAGUUCAGGUUUCGUUUCCGGUGGUUUCCGGUGACCAAUCGCAGUCGGGCGACGAAGUUGACGAAAUGGUUACGGAAUCACCGGAGCAACCAGUGCAGGCGAACGGGACGGAGGCGAAACGUACCAAAAGCCAAGCCCAGCCGCAACCGGAGGAGAAAACUACACCAAAAGCAAAGAAAGUGCAAGAUUUUACGGUAAUGAAGAGAUACCUGAAGGUGAGCAAAAUGCCCAAAAUUGACGGCAAACUCGGUUGAAUC